AUGGCACCUACGGAGGACAUGACAAUCAAGCUGCAUGUUGAACCCCAGACCGGUGUGAUUAUGCAGGCACAGAAGAUGAUCCAGGUCAACGCCGUCAUCCGCCAAGAUAAGCACUUUCGGUGGCUUGCAAAGGUACGGGAUACGUUCUUGCCAGUCGUUUAUUUAAACGGCACCACGACCGUGUCAGAGGAAGUUGCCACGCGUCUGAAACACUCGCUGCUCUGGCCGCAACUUGUUGGCAACACACUGACAACUUUCUUCAUUCUUGCGGGUUCUGUUGGGCUGCUGUCAUCUGCUUGUCAAGUGCUCCGGUCGCGGAGGAUCGGGGUAUUUAGCUCGGUUGGUGGUGGAUACGAGCCUAUUUAA